CUUAGUGGGUGUGUGCACAUGCAGACAGACAGAUAGUAGGGUGUGUGGCCUCCAGCGACAGAGGCAGGUUAGCUUAAAUGAAGAGAAAGGAAACUAGAGGAAGAAGAAGGUUGCGCAACAUCCAGAUAAAUUGCUAAAGAGGAACUUUGCACAGUUCAAUGUAGAAUGAAAGAAAGUGGUGUAAACAGAGGCAUUUAGCAGCUGUUUGAAAGCCUCAGAGCCACACAGACGGUGCUAACAGAGAGAGGGAGAGACGGAGAGAAAGAGGGCAGGAACAGCAAACAAGAAAGAGGAGAGGCAGCUUUGGUGAGUGCUGAUCUAACUGAAGGCUUCCUGUGUCAGCACCAUGGGAAAGUCAGCCUCCAAGCAGUUUGCAGAAGAGGUGCUGCAGUGCCACAACGAGUUCAGGAGGAAGCAUCAGGCUCCUCCACUGAAGCUGAACAGCAAGCUGAGCAGAGAGGCAGCCCGUUAUGCUGAAAGUCUGGCCAGCACACGGAUCCUGAAACACAGUGUGGAGUCCAGCAGGGGGAGCUGUGGAGAGAACCUGGCAUGGGCCUCUUAUGACCAAUCAGGAAAGGAUGUGGCAGACCGCUGGUAUGAUGAAGUGAAGCAGUACAACUUCAACCGACCUGGAUUCUCUUCUGGCACUGGCCACUUCACAGCAAUGGUGUGGAAAAGCAGCACAAAGCUUGGUGUGGGUAAAGCCAUAGCAUCAGACGGCUCUUCCUUUGUGGUGGCUAGAUACUUCCCAGCCGGGAACAUCACUAACCAGGGACACUUUGAGAAUAAUGUCCUUCCUGCCAAAACCACCACCUAAAGAUGUCUAAAUCCCCGACACUUGCCUGAAGGCAUGUAUUCAAUUUUUCAGGAGAGUCUGAGGUUAUGGAGGAUACUCAGGAGAUCACCACUUCUUACCCUACAGAAAGAACGAUGUUGUUUGGAUUUUGUACGAAGAAAUGCACUCUGGCUUAGAGUCUGAAAUUAUGUCUAAAAUGAAGGAUUACUGACUUUGACAUUGUUAACUAAACCUUUUCAGAUUACCUUACCAUGCCUUGAAUGGACAUUUUAAUUACCUAUGACAGUAUUUUAAUCAUUAACACCUAAUGAUUCCUCAUUCAUACACUGUAAACAUCACACACAUCUGUAUUUGUAUGAGACGGGGAACGUAAAGAGUGAAAUCGGAUAGUUAUCACUUAUGAAUUACAAAUGUGUUCAUAUUAGAUUCUGUUAUCACAACAAUCUGUCCAAGUAGAACCAAGCAGUCAGUGUGAUAUGUUUUAUGCUCCUAAUAUUUUUGUACUAUGAAGAUAAUGGAUUUUUUGGUGUCUGCUGGCAAUCCCUUGUAUUUUCUAUAUUGUGUGACAUAAUAAGAGUACAAGGAAUAGAAGAAAAUUAGUGUUUGAUUUCAUAAUGGCACUUUUCAUUUUGAUUCUUUAUUUAAAAUCUGUCUGAUUUGUAAUUAAGUCAGAUCAGACUACAUCUACAUUAGAUCAGGUUUUGGUCUGAUUGCAUCAUCACAGCCCAUUGUCAAAUACUGGGUCUGAAUCUAAAUAUCGGGACAAAAGCUCUUAUAGUGUGAUAUAAUCAACAAUGAGUCCCGGACUGAACUUUUCUUACAGCUUCUUUCUAGUUUGACCCUUACUUGAUGUCAUCAAUGUGUAGCCCAACAACAGCCUAUUUUUGUAUUGUCAUGUAGCGUACGCUCUUUUCUCUCCCCAUAUAUCUUCUAAGAGAAAAGUUAGAAUAGCUAGCGCACAGGCUAAUUCUUGUGACGUUACCACAUUUGUACCUCAAGUUCUAUUUGAAGGACAGCCAGUCUAUAUUGUGCUAUUCAUGACACAAAGGGACGAGUCCACAAUCAGUUAUUUGUAGUUUUAUUCUUUUCAGAGAGCAAGACCACGAGUCUCAUACAGAGAACUUCUUUUGUAGAUUCUUUAAGAGGGGUCUGGCUGCAGACGGUAGAUCUUACGCCCCCACUCACAGACUACUAGUGUGAGACACUGCAUCUGUCAGAAUGGUAAUACACAUUAAAACGUUCAAAAUAAAAUUGGAUUAAAAUGUGUUAGAGUAAGGGUUAAAGUAAGGGGUUAGCAUACCAAAAGUCAAAAGUUAAAAACCUGCCCUGCAUAACCUGACUACAAAAUGAUUAAUAAAGCCAAGUGAACAGUCUGCUUAUAGGAACAAAGCUGAUCCAUGACAUGACUCUAAUGCAGUAAAUGCAGCCUACAUAGCUCCAUCGGCUGUGUAAGCUACAUAGAUAAUGUAGCUAAAGCUGCAAAACUCAUUGAUAUCUAUUCUAACAAGGCUACAUAACUGCUGUUAGCUAUGUAAGCUACGAACUUACGUUAGCUACGUAGGCUUUAACCACAUUUGCUGGGGCUAAAAUGGCUACAUUGGCUGAUAUAGUGAUGUUUACUAUGUGGCUUGAGAAGCUAUGUCAGUUUUAGCUAAAGAUGACAAAGGUAAAGCAAGCCAUUGUUGGUGUCUAUUACUUAAACCAUUUUUUAUCAACCAAUUUUUGUUACUUUUAAUCUUUUUGCAUUUUGUCAAUUAUUUCAUUAAUUUUCCCUUGAAGUUCUUUCAAAUUCUUCUGCUUUAUUUUCUGCUGUCCUGAUGUUUGUGAAGAUCAUGGCUAUGAUGUUACUUUCCAAACUGGUGUAUACAUGAUUUACCCCAUUGAUUUUUCUUCUCUGUUUUAUUUUAAAAUGUUGCUUGGUCUUUAAUGUUUUCAUUGUGGUUAUUUUUAUGAAUGUAAUUGCCAGAGUUUGUUCAUGAAUAAAGUUGACUUUUUUAAAACAAAAAAUUCUAAAACUUGAAAUUCGUUGUACAGAAAAAUUACGGCACUUCCAUUAUGACAGCGACAGCAUCUCACAGAACCUGUCUGCAGCUAGACUGUUUUAGCUGGUUGACACUCCUUGACCCACCUCCAAGUUGACCUAUGAACUUGUGUCACCAAGACAGUCAUGACAUUAGCAUGUGAUGACUGGUUGGGCUCAUGACAAUUCUUUUACCAACCCAUUUUGCCCUUUUUAACCCAUUUUUAAACCUUUUUUUUUUUUUUACAGUUAUUACCUUUUUUUCCUCUGUUACAACUUUACACCACUUUUUGCUGGGCAAUUUUUGCAACUUUUGAACUGUUUUUCACCAUUUCCUCACCCAUUACUGCCUUUCUCAACCCAUUUUUGCAGCUAUAAUCCCAUUUUUUUUCCAUUUUUAACCUAUAUUGCCUCUCUGUAGCCACUUUUUAUCAACCAAUUUUUGUUACUUUUAAUCUUUUUGCAUUUUUGGAACUAUUACAUUAAUUUUCCCUUGAAGGUCUUUCAGAUUCUUCCACUUUAUUUUCUGCCAUCCUGAUGUUUGUGCAGAUCAUGGUUUAGCUAUGAUGUUACUUUCCAAAUGUCGAUGUCCCCAUCCACCCUGUUAACAUGACCUAUAAAAAGGUAAUUCUGUCAUAAGAAAAGGGGGUUACAUUUUGAAAAAGGCUGUAUUGUGCAUUUUUGUUGUUUUUAUUGGAAUGGUUAUUGUUCAGGUUAAAAAUAAAAUUUGGU